AUGAGCCUGUCUGCCCCAAGCAUCGUCUCUCCAGUCCUGGAGCAAAUCUGUACGGCGUGCCACCCGAAGCGGCAUGCGGAGCUCAUCAAGUCUGCCAGGUCGCUCGCGAAGGAUCUGAACGCGCUGUUCCGCGCCGCGGUGGACGAAGAGAAGCGCCAGGCGCGCCUGUCGGACGGCUCGGCCAGUGCGCGGCCCAGCGCGGCCGACGGCCGCUCCGACGCGCCGCGCACCACCUCCGAGGAGCCCCACGCCGACGCUUCCGACCACGAAGCUCCCCAUGGCGCACAGAAACCCCACGCCGGCGCCGCACCAGGCGCGUCCGACAGCCGCACGCGCGCGGCCGCGUCCGUCGUGCACGUGCUCGCCAUGGCCGCCGACACCCGGCUGCCCAAGGCGUGUUUGCCCGCCGUGGACUGCGUGCAAAAGCUCAUCCAGCUCGGGGUGAUCCAGGGCCGCGUCGCCAAGCUGUGCGCGCCCGGCGCAGCCGGCCCCGCGAUGACGGCGGUCGCGAAGGGCAAGGAGCCGGGGGGCGACGCGAGCGGGGUCACGCCGGCGGCGGUGGCGCUGGGGGUGAUGUGCGCGUGCGCGGACCUGGGCGACGAGGCGGUCGAGGUGCAGGUGGUGCGCGGGCUGCUGUCCACGAUCACGUCGACGCACCUGCAGCCGCACGGGGAGGCGCUGCUGGACGCGAUCCGAGCCCUUGUGGCUAUUUCUAUUGGCAGCCGCUCGGAGCAGAACCAGUCCACCGCGCGCGCGGCGCUGGUCCAGAGCCUGACCGUCGUGUUCCGCCGCAUGGAGUCGGGGUCGGCGGAGGUGUCCCUGCUGCCCGUCGUGGUCAAGGACCGCCUCGCCGGGGUGUCCUCCAUCCUCACGCACGGCGGCUCGCAGGAGGGCGCCGCGCCGUCGGGCGUGGGGGGGUUCUUCAGCCGCAUGGUCAGCGACGUCGAGUCCGCGUGGAGUCAGCAGCUGCGGCUGCCCGCGCUGGUCGUGACCAGCCUCGCGGACGCGUUCAAGCCUGCGGACCCCGGCGAGGACGAGCCCACGUCUGCGCACGCGUCCGGCGCGGACGAGGACGCGGCGGCGCAGCGCGCAAGCAACGGCGGUGCCGGUGCGGCCUCCGGCGGCGAGGGGCGCGCGUCCGACGCGGGUCCGGGCCUGGACCGCUCGGCGUCGUCGGUGUCCGCGUCGGGGCUGGAGACGGUGUGGAAGCACGACGCGUACCUGCUGCUGCGUUCGCUCUGUGCGCUGUCGACGAAGGCGACGGACGUGGCCGGGGUGGUGGACCCGGUCGCGGUGCGCGCGAAGCUGCUCUCGCUCGAGCUGCUCAAGAUCGUCCUCGAGAACAGCGGGCCGGCGUUCACGUCGAGCCACGCGUUCCUCCAGGCCCUCCGGCAACACCUGUGCCUGGCGCUCCUGAAGAACGGCAGCAGCGGCAUCCCGGAGGCCAUCCGCCUGUCGUGCUCCAUCUUCCUGACGCUCGUCCUCCGGUACCGCCACCACCUCAAGGCCGAGGUCGGCAUCUUCUUCCCGAUGAUCCUCCUGAAGGUCCUCGAGACGGCGUCGGGCCCCGCCGGGGUGUCCUCGUCGCAGGGCGCCGCGGGAACGCUGUCGUUCAACCACCUGGCCGUGGUGCUGCGGUGCCUGCGCGUGAUGUGCGAGGACGGCCGGCUCCUCGUGGACCUCUUCGUCAACUACGACUGCGACCUCGACGGCCCGGACGUCUUCGCGCGCAUGGUCUCGGGCGUCGCCGCGGUGGCGCGCGGCGCUCACCACGAGCACCACCACCACGCCGCUGACGCCGCGGGGGCCGCGAACGGGAGGGCCGGCGCGGGCAAGGGCGCGCCGAGGGUCGCGGGGGAGUCGGAGCUCACGCCGCAGCAGGAGGCGCACGUCCGGAUGGAGAGCCUGCAGUGCUUGGCGUCAGUGCAGGAGGGCCUGGUGCACUGGUACAAGGUGCAGGCGGCGGCGGCGGACGCAGAGGCGGACGCGGCGCGCGCGGCGGCGGUGGCGGCGUCGGCGGCGGCGGCGGCGGCGCAGGAGGACGACGGCAGCAACGAGCCCUCGUCGCACGGCGAGAAGAGCGCGGGCACGCUCGCGGCGCGGCGCAACUUCAAGGCCUCGUACCAGGAGGGCAUCGCGCUCUUCAACAGCAAGCCGCGCAAGGGCCUGCAGCGCAUGCAGGAGGCGGGCAUGGUGGGCGCUCCGGCGGUCGAGGUGGCCACGUUCCUGCUCGAGACGCCCGGGCUCGACAAGACGGCCAUCGGGGAGCUCCUGGGCGAGCACGAGGAGGAGUGCGUCGAGGUGAUGCACGCGUUCGUCGACUUGUUCGACUUUGCCGGGAUGGACUUUGAUGGCGCGAUUCGGGCGCUGCUCGAGACGUUCCGGCUGCCCGGGGAGGCGCAGAAGAUCGACCGCAUCAUGGAGAAGUUCGCGGAGCGCUACUGCAACUGCAACCCGGGCGCGUUUAAGACGGCCGACGUGGCGUACGUGCUGGCCUUCAGCGUCAUCAUGCUCAACACGGACGCGCACAACAAGAUGGUGCGGCACAAGAUGACCCGGCAGGCCUUCAUCAACAACAACCGCGGCAUCAACGACGGCCAGGACCUCGACGAGGGCUUCCUGAACGAGAUAUACGACCGCAUCACUACCAAUGAGAUCAAGAUGAAGGACGCGCCCGACGCCGCGAUGGGCGCGCCGGGCGCGGCCGCGGCCGCGACCGCCGCCGCCGCGACGGGCCAGAACGGCCUGCUCGACGCCAUCUGGGCGCUGUUCCCGCAGCGGCGGCAGGUGGCGCUGGAGCCCACGGACGAAGAGGUGCAGGCCAUGCACGCGCACCUGCGCGCCAAGGCGCGCGGGGCGACGUUCCUGCGGAUCGACGAGGCCGGGACGGUGCGGCCGAUGAUGGAGGCGGUGUGGCAUCCGAUCCUCGGGGCCUUCUUCCUGGUGUUCCACCGGCACGGCGCGGCGCCGCUGGUGGACCUGUGCCUGUCCGGGGUGCGGGCGUCGGCGCUCGCGGCCGCGCACCUCGGCAUGUCUGCGCACAAGGACGCGCUCGUGCGCGAGCUCGUCAAGGCGACGCGCCUGGACCACCCCGAGUGGAUGGCAGCGCGGCACGCCGCGGCGGCGCGGACGCUGCUGUGGGUGGCCGAGGAGAGCGGCGGCGCGCUCGGGCAGUCGUGGGUCGACGUGCUGCGCUGCGUGAGCAAGCUCGAGGCGCUGCACCUGCUCGCAACGGGCGCACCACCUGAAGCCAUCCUGUUCGGCAGCGCCCCGCGCGCCGAGCACUCGUCGCCCCCGAAGACCGCCAUGGGCCGUCUGCUGGGCCGGAAGACCGAGGGGCCCGCGGCGCGGAAGUCAACGGCGGCGGUCCGGACACCCUCGAUGUCCACCACUGCCCCUGAGGGUUCCGCGCCGUCGGGCACGUCCGCGACGGCGACCGCGCACCCCGAGUCCGUCCUCGCCACCGCGCCCUCCGCGAACGGCGACAGCACGCCGCACGGCGACGCCGCGCCCGCCGGCGCGCCCGCGAGCUCCAGCAAGAUGGUGCAGAACCUUGUGCUGGACGUGCGCGAGCUCCCGCACACCGCCCUGCAGGCCCUGCGCUCCGUGGACCCGCAGGCCAUCCAGCGGCUCUUCGUGCGGUCCCAGGUCCUCGGCGCGGAGGCGAUCGUCGACUUUGUGCGCGCCCUGUGCGUGGUGUCGGAGGAGGAGCUGUCGAACCCGGCCGCGCUGCGCGUGUUCUCGCUGUCGAAGAUCGUCGAGCUCGCGCACUUCAACAUGGGCCGCAUCCGGCUGGUGUGGGCGCGGAUCUGGGCGGUGCUGUCGGACCACUUCUCGGCCGUGGGAUGCCACCCGUCGAUGCCCGUGGCGAUGUACGCGGUGGACUCCCUCCGGCAGCUCGCGAUGAAGUUCCUCGAGCGCGACGAGCUCUCGAACUUCACGUUCCAGAACGACUUUCUGCGCCCGUUCGUCACCGUCAUGCGCAACAGCCCCUCGGCCGAGAUCCGCGAGCUCGUCGUGCGGUGCACGCUCCAGAUGGUGCAGUCGCGCGUGGGGAACAUCAAGUCCGGCUGGAAGUCGAUGUUCAUGGUGUUCACGGCCGGCGCGCACGACGAGCGCAGCAGCGUCGUGCGCCUGGGCUUCACGGUCAUGGAAACGAUCGUCCGGGACCACUUCGCGCACAUCACCGCGACCGAGGUCACCGUCUUCACCGACUGCGUCAACUGCCUCAUCGCGUACGCCAACAACCGGUACUCCACCGACGUGGCCCUCAACGCCAUUGCCUUCCUGCGCUACUGCGCGAUCAAGCUCGCGGAGGGCUCCGUGCUGCGGCCAGACGCGCCGGGCUCGCCGGGCGCCACCAGCCCGACCGCGCGCCGCUCCCUGUCGUCGCGGCCGUCCGCGGAGGGCGCGGCGCCGCCCAAGGCCUCACCGGCGAAACAGGACCCCUUGUUCGACGACUCCGAGUCGCACGUGCACUUCUGGUUCCCGCUGCUCGUCGGGCUCAGCGAGCUCGCGUACGACCCGCGCUCCGUCGUGCGCCGCUCCGCUCUGGAGGUCGUGUUCGACAUCCUUAAUUACCACGGCGGGUCCUUCUCCGGCCCAUUCUGGACGCGCGUGAUGGACCGCGUCGUGCUGCCGCUGUACGACGGCGGCGGGGUCGUGCCCGAGACCGGGGACCCGCGCGAGGAGGAGGGGUCGUCGUACGACGCCGACCAGUGGCUGUGCGACACGUGCACGCUAACGUUCCCGCACCUGGCGGCGCUGGCGUCCGCGUUCCACGACAAGGUCGAGCCGUCGCUGCCGCGGCUCGUGGGCGUGCUCACGGACCUCAUCGGGCGGCCGCACGAGCAGCUCGCGUCCGUCAGCCUGCGCCUCCUGACGCAGCUUCUUGUCGACGUCGGGCCGGAACUCCCCCCGGGGACGCGCGACGAGUUCGUCGUGCGGCUCUGCGGCGCGGUCCGCGCGCUGCGGCCGGACCUGGCGAAGCUGCUGCCCGCCGAGGUCGACGAGCAGCAGCCGCGCACGACAGUCAAGCAGGUCGAAGUGGACGUCGAAGUCGAGGUGGAGGACAGCGAUGUUGACGAGGGCGGUGACGCGCAGGGCGGUGCCAGGGAGGGCGGGGAGGCUGCCGGCGGGCCCCCGCCCGCGGGCCCGGUGGCGGAGCAGGCCGGCGAGGGCGGGGCUGCGGAGGGGGGGGUGUCCGGGGAGGUGUUGGAGAAGAAGAAGAAGACACGGGUGGAGCGGGUGGUGAUGGACCAGGAGGAGGUGGUGAUGGAGACUGUGCGGGCGUGGCGGAACCCGCUGCAGACGACGGACGGGCUGCGGGAGCUCGUCCGGUGCCGCGUGGCGAUCGCAGUCCUACACCUGGCGGUGGUGGUCCUCGGAGAGAUGUACGCGAAGACAGUGGACUCGCUGAGCCUGCCGGCGCUCGAGGCGAUGCUCGACUGCCUGCGCGACGUCGUGCUGCACGCCACGGAGGCGGACGGCGACUACCUGUUGCGGCUGCGCCUGGCCCGCGCACAGCACGCGGCGCGCGUGCCGUCCGACGCGGCGAUCGAGGACCCCCCCCUGCUCUCCCUCGAGCGCGAGGCCGCCUGCCAGUACCUCAGCAUCCUGCUGCAUAUCCAGGUGGGGGCACAGGCAGGAAACACCCCCAUGCGCAGCCGGGCGGCCAAGCUGAGCCGGGACGAGCUGCGGGAGUGCGACGCGGUCGGCCGCAUGGUCGCGCUGUGCGUGUCGGGGCUGGAGGUGUUCACGUCGCUGCCAAAGCGCCACAGUCGGGCGAUGGAGUCCGACGAGGGCAUGAACGAUGGAUUGAGCGCGCGCGAGGCGCUGGUGUCGGCGCAAGAAGAGCUGCGGCAGCGCGCGCCGAUCGUGCUGUCCGUUCUGAACGCGGUGGCUGCUUUGGGAGCCGAGGAAUUCAAACGCAACCUCAAGGCCUUCUUCCCGCUGAUGACGGAGAUGAUCGCGACGGAGGACGCCCCCGCGGACGUGCGCGAGGCGCUCAGCCGCGUCUUCCUCGGGACCGUCGGGCCGCUGCUCGGGUCGUAG